AGGCUAACACAGCCAGAGCCACUUGCCCCAGAGGGACAUGGGCUGUGGGCUGGUGAAGACCAGCGAUGUACGAUAGUGUGGAUUCUCUCCGCCAUGUCGGAAGACGACGGCCGCUGGGCAGCCUGUGAGCCACAUGGGCCUCGGUCCGCUCGGGGCCCUCGCGUGCCUCGGCGGCGACCGAAGAGGUCUCCGCGACCGCCGAGCUUAUUGAGGAGCCCAGAUCGGGAAGGAGAUGACGAGAGAGCCCUCAGGACGAUCUUUGCCUACAAGCCUUGGCAUCAGGCUCACCAGUACGACGAGGUGGCAGACUAUACCAGAGAGUGUGAGAAACACCACGAUGUAGACAGGGAGCCCGGCUAUGCCAUUCCUGAUCCAUCGAAGCCGGUGACAGACACUGGCGACGUCAUUGAUGACUUUCUGUGCCACUUGGAGGUGGACGAGGCUGGCAGGCCCUCCUCGGCGCAUGUCUCGCCGGUGCAGGUGCCGACCUCCCGGCCAGUCGGAGCCAGAGGAGCUGAUCGGCUGGCGGAGCAGGUGGAAGACUUGAGGUCCAAGUUGGCGCACUCCUUUCGAGAGAACCGUCGGCUGAAGGAGAUGCUGGAUGGGAGGGAUCAGAAGAUCAGGCGCUUGCUGGACGAUAUUGACAGGAUCCGGAAGGAUCCCAACGUGAUGCACCCAAGCAUAUCUCGGCUGCGGAAGAUGGGGCUGAACACGCCUGGCCUGGCGGAUUUGGGUGAUCGCUGGGCCGGGUAUGUCUUCGGGCGAACCUCAAUGGCCAUGGAGGUGGGCAGCUUCUCGUACAGAAACGUCUUUGUGUCGCAUGCCACCAACGGCGUGCUGACAGAGGAUUCCUUCAAGGCCGUCAUCCGCCAGUUUGAGCCGUCCAUUAAGAGCGACCAGCUUACCCGGCUCUGGUUUUUUGCGGAUGAGGAUGGGUCUGGGAAAAUCGACUUGUUCGAGUUCAUGCGCAUGAUCGGCUGCAAUUCGAAUGGGGAGAUGACCGAUGAGUAUUACGAGGUGUUGGCCAUGCACCUCUACCGGAAGUUUCAUGCACGUGGCGGCGUUCGUCGAGUCUAUGCCACUGCGGACAAGAAUUGGGAUCAUCAUUUAGACUUGGCGGAGUUCUCCAAGCUGAUCAAGACCUACUUGAAGGACGUGGAGUUCACAAAGCGGGAGGUCUCCCAGGUUUUUCAGCGGAUCAACGCUUCUGGUUCGGGUUGGAUGAGCGUGCAAGAGCUUGAGAAUGCCUUGGAAGCAGCUGGCGCCAAAUGCUACGUGUCCGAUGCCUGGGUGAAGGACACAUUCCAGCAUUUCGCUGUGGCUGUGCAGGAGUCUGGGCUGAGCAUCAAACAGCUUUUCUCUGGCGUCGCUGUCACAGAGAAGGAGUUUCGUGAAGCUAUGCUUCAGUUUCUGCGCCAGCUGCGACCAUCACAGCUGGACCGGCUGUGGAAGUACCUGCUGGCCGCGUGCUCGGAGGAGACCGUCCAAACGAGGCAUUCGGGCGACAAGGAUCGCUUGCCUUCCGAUGCAGUGAUGUCAGUGGUGCUGGGACCAACGCUGACCAGCAGCCCAAAUGAGCAGCCGCCUGUGCACCCAGGCACAGCUCCCGCCCUGGGACCACCGGGAGGAGUUGGUCGCGAGGUGCUGGAGCAACUGGUCCAGCGACUUGUGCGACGAGUUGGAGAUGUGUCUCCUGACCCGUGCUUCGAUGCGUUGAACCCUUUCAUCACCUCGGAGCACUUCAAUGAGCUUCUGAACUCUCGGCUUGGUCUGCACUACGAUCCGGUCAAAGCCAAGCAGAUCUUCAAGCUGAUUGAUUCGGAUCGAGAUGGGAAAAUCACAAGAUUGGAGUUCAGCCUGAUGUUCAAGACUGUCACUCCGGAGACCAGAAGGGAUUCCUUUGACCUGACCGAAGACUUGGACAAGGAGACAGAGAGAUUGCAGGUGAACCGGCUCCAGAACCGGGUGCUGCUUCUGCAGCGGGAGCUGGAGCUUCUUCGGGGCCCCUCGGGGCGAGGGCACAUGGAGCCCAUGGUGCCGGAGAAGCAGUUCCAGCAGCUCAGCACCGCCCAUGGCAAGGUGGCUAACCAAUUGCAUGCCAUCCGAGAGCAGAGGAAGGCUGCCAACGUGCCCGAGGGCCAGGACUCAGAACCUCCGAGUCGGCAUGAGUCAUGCAGAAGGUUGUCAGAGACCUUCCCCAGAGGCUUUUCAACGGCAUCAGAUGCAGAAGAUGAGAGGGUCAAAGAGCAGGAAGAGCUGAGGCGGCGAGAAGCGGAGCAGUUCCAAGUUCAGCUGCAGGAGCUCACGAGCUCCAACGAGUAUUUGCGCAGGAGACUCUGCGUGUUGGAAGCUGAUGCUGCAAAGAAGGGCGUGUACUUGGCUUCAGAUGAGGAGACUGAGGAACCUACGGACGCGUCUCCGAGCCAGGCCCGGGGAAAGCAGGGAGUGGAGCCUCCACUGCCCUUGACGGAGGAGCUCUAUGGGGAGAUUCACCGCAUGCUGGCGAGGCUGCAGAAGGCAAUGCAGAAGAACCCGAACCUGCCCAAGCGACAGGUGCAGGAGCUCAUGCGCAAAGCAGGGGACCUGGUCAUCGAGGGGAGGUGGAAGCUGAAGUCGGUACAGAGCUACUCCAUGCGGAAUGUGACCGUCGUGUGCCACGAUAUAUUCCUUUGCCAAGAUGUUCUGGUGAAGCUGAGCCAAACAUGCGAAGCCAGUCAAGAACUCGCAAGAGUUGUCUAUGUCUUGAGAAAGCUUUCCUCGGUGUCUAUUGCUCCAGAUGUGCACUACUUCUCGAGCCCAACAUCCUCGUUGCCCUUCAUGGUCAUGGAUCUCCUUCAGGGCUCCACGCUGCAGAAGCGGUUUCAAGACAUCGCCGAGAACCAGGCGGAGCCCAUCGGAGAGCUGGAGGCGGCCGAAAUCGGGUGUGCUCUGCUGACCGGCAUGGAUGCGUGCCACCAGCACCAGGUGUUCAACCUCAACUUGUGCCCUGAAAACGUCUGGGUCGCCCCUGAGUUUGAUGGGUCUCGCAUACGAAUACUGGACUGGAGCAAUGCUGAAAUCGGGGCUGCCAGCUUGGAGAAUCCGCAGUUCUACUCCUUCGCCGACAUGAAGAAGCGAGGAGCAUUUCGAGGUGAUGGGCAACCAUUAUUUUUGACAUGCGGCAGCAACACUGAGGUGCAGCCUUCGGAUAUUUGGCUUUGUGCAAGGAAGCGUGAGAGCACAUCCAGAGCAUCCUCACUCAGCGCCAUGUCAAAGUUGGCCAUCUACGGGCAUGGCUGCCUCUACUACAUGUCCAUGGAGCAGCUCUAUGGUGCCAUCAGGGCUUUUGAGAAGAGUCCCAGCACCUCGAGACCUGAGCAGACUUGGCACCAGGAGUCUGUGGGCAGUGUCGUCAAGGUGGAGGGCCGCACUGCGCAUUGGUUUCAGAAGGGGGAUGGCUUUGUGCAGACCAGCCUGCCCGUUGAUGUGACACCUUUGGGCCAGCUCUUUGAGGUGAAGAUUGGCAAGGCCGUGAAUGUGGGAAGGCGGUCAGACUCGGAGCUGGGCUUUUGCAUAGGUUUGUGCUCCAGACCGCCGCGUAGCGAGAAGACCCAGGAUAAGAAGGACUGCUGGAUUGCUGGAGGGGAUUCCUCCUUCACCUUGAAGGGCGUUGUUCACCGAGUGGAUAGCUCUUCGCGUGAGGACUCCUUUGCCGAUGGAGAAGACAAGUUUCUCUAUAUUGCCAGCGAGCUUCGGAAAGAGGACACCGUUGCAAUACUGGCGGAGUGGUCAGGCACCCUGUCACUCUUCAUCAACGGAGAUCAGGUUGGUCGCUUCCUCUAUGCCAUCGAUCCCAUUGAGGUGAUGUCACCUCUGUAUGGUGUGGCUGACAUGCACGUGCAGGAGCCCAACGACGAGUACACCAUCCGGUCCAUCAGCCUGCUGUCCGAAGAAGGAAAAGGAAAGUCAGUGCUUCCAGAACUCAUGGAGCGCUCGAAGCACGAGCUGGCUGGUAUAUACCAACAUUUGCAGGGAGAAGCAGCUGUCGCCACAACGAUUGGGCCAUCUUGUGACUUGUAUGCCUGCGGUCGGAUGCUUCUCAGCUGCUUCCGCGGCGGCCAGGAGCCGCUGCCGUGCUUGAAUCUGGACAGGUUCGCAGUGGCUUACGCAGACUGGGCCCGGGCUGGGUGUCCAUCCACAGAAAAGUGCUACGGCUUGCUGUGGGCCCUCAAGGAGCUCAAAAACGAGAAAGCCGAGCGCAGCGAGGAGAUUUCCCAGAUUGACAAGAUGGAGCUGAAGUUGCUGCUGUCGCGAUGCAUCAAGCGCUCAAGGUAUUCUCGACUGGGAAGCUGCUGGGAGGCUGCAGAAAUGCUGGCGCAGGCAUCGUGCUGGCUGGGCAUGUCCGAUGCCUUCCUUUCUUCGCACAAGGAAGCGGUGGAGCAGGCAAAACGGGCCAACCUGCUCGAUUCCCACUACUCCCUGGCACAAGAGAUGUUUCAGCAGGACCGCCGCAUCUCCAGAGAAAAUGUUGCCGCGCGCGCUGAGGCGGCGGUCCAAACAGCGGUGCAGCACAAGCCAGAAGGAGUUUCUGCGAAAUGGAAUCUGCGCGCCUUCUCACUUGGUCCUCCACAUAUUCGCCGGAUCAUCCAGGUUCUGAAGGAGUGGUCCGAGGGGAAGUUGAUCCAGGCCGUGAGCUUCUCGCGCUUUGAGGCAGAUAUUCAGGCAGAGCUGCAGGAUUCACUGAUUCAGUGCUUCUCCGAUACUUUGCAGCCACACCAGCGGGUGCGACACAACAAGCGCAGAAGAGACCUUCGCCAUUCUGUAGCCGUGAACUUGGCCGACUUCAAGCCCACCAUGUUCCUUGAGGAUUUCCGGCUUCCACUGGAAGAGCUUCCUCGCAGCAGUUUUCCACUGGAGGAGAUUCUUUCAAGAAAUGUUCUGUGGUUGGUGGUGCUAUUCGUCCGCAGACUGGAUUUGACACCAGCACCAGCUGGCCUGGGCCAGGAGAAGCCGCUGACGGUUUGUACGGCGCCCGCCCUGGACACUCUGACCUCUGCCAUGGAGAGGAGCUCCAUACUGACAAGUCUUUCGCUGCGGUCGAGCAACCUGCGUGAUCAUUCUGGCCUGCAGCUAGCAACAGCUGCCGGAAGGUGUCCGUCUUUGCGGGAGCUGGACCUCAGCGACAACUUCUUGGGGCCAAAGGCUGUGGCCAAGGUGAUUCAUUGUGUCCGCGACAACCUGGAAAUUCUGGAUCUGAGUCGAAACCGGCUGGGUGACGAGGGUGCCAAAGCGAUUGCCGACGCUUUCAAGGGUCCGGCAGCAGGCCAAAGCUUGGCAGUACUACGCUUGCGUGCCAAUGGCAUUGGGAACGAAGGCGGCGAAGCUUUAGCAGAGGCACUCAUGUCGGUGACCUCGAUGCUGGAGUUUGACUUCGCGGAGAACCAGGUCGAUGUCCAGACUGCAGCAGUGAUCCUGAGGGCGACAUGUGCUGCGCGGACUCUGAAGAGGCUGUGCUUGGACAGCAACUUGCCUUGGCCAACCAGCGAAAACUGCGAGGUGCAAGUGGCGGGAUUUACCGACCAGCUGAGUGGGCACCAGGCAGUUCCUUCGCUGGAGAUGCUGAGCUUGAGGCGCUGCAAGAUCCAUUCCACGGGCGCCAUGAAGCUCUUCGAGUCACUCGCAAGCAAUCAGACCCUGCGACACCUGAAUGCGGCCUGCAACGGUUUACGUCAGGGCGCCGCGCACAAGAUCGCCACGGCUCUGGCAUGCAACACGACCCUAGAGGAGCUCGACCUCCGAGACAAUCGCCUGGGGGUUCAGGAUGCCUUGGCCAUCGCGCUCCAUCAGGUCUUUGCCAACGCCAACGCUGCCCCCGAGUUAUCCAAGUCUCCGACCCAGACCCAGAAUGUCGAGGCAUCUGACAACCGCCGAGCCCAGGGCAGUUUGCGGGUGCUGAACCUGGGCAACAAUGAGAUAUCCGGAGAGGCCGUUCCAAGGAUUGCAGCUGCUCUCUGCCAUUUCCGAGGGCUUCAGGAGCUCUAUAUUUAUCACAAUCCACAGCUGGGAGAUGUCGGAACGCAGGCUCUAGCUCACCUCGUCUCGACUGGGUCACUGCGCCGCCUGAGCGUUGCAGCUUGCGGAGUGGGAGAUGCUGGAUGCCAAGCACUCAUGGCUGCCAUCGAGGAGAAGAAUGCCUUGAAGACGCUGGACAUGUCUUGCAACAGCAUUGGGGACGAUUCUGCUCCUGGAGUGGCUUCGGUGCUAGCACAGCGGGAUUGUGCGAUCGAGAAGCUGGUCCUGUCCAUGAAUUCUCUGAGUUCCUUCGGAAUAUCGCAGUUGAUGGAUGGAGUUGCGCGGAACAUCGAGGGCCAGCUGCUUGAACUCGACGUGGGCUCGCAGGAUGUGGGUCUCUCCAAGACCUGCUUCGUGGCAGAUGAGCCCUUGAGCCCGCGCAGCAGUUCCAAGGUCAAAACAAAGUUUUUGGGCCUGCGCUGAAAGUGGCGCAUGCGCGAAGGUCAGGACUGUGAAAAGCGCAGCUGAGCAAGUGUCACAAAUGUGACGCCGUGUAAAUGCACUCCCUCAAACAGGGCUCCUGAA